CUUUUCACCGACUUUUCGCUGAUAAAAAUCAAGCAACUGCUCAGUUAGCCUUGUUGGGAGAAAAGUUAAGCACAGUAAACACAUGGUCACUGUUGCCAGAGGCAGUUAAAAGAACGAAUACUGAUAGUACUGGAAGAUGAUACAUUAAUCAACAGAACGAGGACUCUGGAGGUAAAAAACUCUAUAACAAGGGAUUGUAAAUGCCACAAACUUGGCAGGCUGCCAUUGGAACAAAGCAGCAGAUCCAGUUGUGAGUCCAGUGACGGUGGAAGAAAGAUCUGUAGGGUUUUUAUACUGAAGGAGAUGAUGGGGAACAGCAGGACUUUAAGGGUGUUCUUCUUGCUGUGCCAAGUCCAGUGUUUAGUCUUUCUGGCUGCAGCAGAAAUUCAGCCACGCUGCUUGAACAACAGGAUAAACUACUCAAAUAAUGAAAUCCCAAGAAGCAAAAAUGUACAGAACAACUCUGACACACGCCCCGAGCAGCUCCCCACCUUUGAGUUUCCACACGUGUCUGGCGGUUUGAAACGGAUGAAGAGAGAGUGGGUUAUUCCACCAAUUAACUUUCCAGAGAAUGACAACGGUCCAUAUCCCCAAUUCAUGGUGAAGAUCAAGUCAAACAACGACGAAAAGGUGGCGAUAACCUACAAGAUCACUGGACCAGGUGCUGAUCGGCCCCCUGAGGGUCUUUUUACUGUUGAUCGGCGAUCUGGGGUGCUGUAUGUGACCGAGCCACUGGACAGGGAGAAAACAGCGAAAUACACUCUGUUGGCCCAUGCACUGAAUGAGGGCAUUCAGGCUGAGGAGCCCAUGGAGCUCAUUAUCAACGUCAUUGACCAGAAUGACAAUGCUCCAAAAUUCAUUGAGGACCCUUUCUAUGGUGGAGUGAGUGAAAGCGCUGAGAUUGGUGACUCCAUCAUGAAGGUAACAGCAGUGGAUAAAGAUGACCCACGGACGAACAAUGCUAUAAUAAGGUAUAGGAUAAUGGCUCAGAUGCCUCAAAUGCCCAAAGAGGACAUGUUUACCAUAAACCCAGUGAGUGGAAUCAUCAGUUUGAGGGCAGAUGGACUGGACAGAGAGACUCAGCCAGAGUACAUGCUGACCAUUCAGGUCGCUGAUAUGGAGGGGGAGGGCCUCGCAGACACCUGCACGGCUAUCAUUAGCGUUAUUGACAGCAACGAUAACGCUCCACUCUUCACCCUCACAUUUAUAUCCACAUCAGUCCCUGAGAAUGAGGUUGGGGUGGAGGUAGUAAGACUAAAGGUCACUGACAAGGAUGAGUUAGGAUCUCCGAGUGCCAACACCAGAUACUCAAUCAUCAAAGGCGACGAGCGGGGAGACUUCAACAUCACCACCGGCUCUAAUAAAAUGGAAGGAAUCCUCAAAACAGCCAAGGGGCUGGACUUUGAGAGCAUUCCUGUCUUUACUCUGAUGGUGGUGGCGACAAAUGAGGUGCCGUUUACUGGACCGGUGUCAACCUCGACAGCCACAGUCACCGUAGCAGUUGUGGACAAGAACGAACCUCCUGCUUUCAUUCCAGCAAGGACCCAUGUAAGCAUCUCAGAAGAUGCAGCGGUAGGGAGUUCUGUGGCCAACCUCAGAGCUAAGGACCCAGACACAGACAGGAAACAGAGCAUUAGAUAUGGACUACACAAUGACACUGUCAAUUGGCUGAGUAUUGAUAAAGACACAGGAUCAGUCAAAGUUAAAAGCAGCAUGGACAGAGAGUCACAUUAUGUCAAAGACAGCAAAUAUACAAUCCUAGUUUUGGCUUAUGACAAUGAUACUCUCCCAGCUACUGGGACAGGUACUCUGGUUGUGAGUUUACUUGAUGUGAAUGACCAUCUCCCUGUGAUCAAGCAGAGGAAAGCCAGCCUCUGCAAUAGAGACCCCUUUCCUGCCCAGCUUGGUAUAGUGGACCUUGAUGGACCAGGUCAUGCUGGACCAUUUACUGUGGAGCUUCAAGGAGAGCACAGGAUCAACUGGACUAUUAGCACCAAUUCCACAAGCAACGUGGCAGCCCUGGCUCCAAAAUGGGAGUUAUCACCUGGGGACUAUUAUGUGCUGAUGCGUAUCUAUGAUGUUGAAAUGCUCUACCAAGACAGCACAUUAGAAGUAGAAGUGUGUCAGUGUCAAGGGACUGUCUCAAGCUGUUUUAUCCCACGUUCUGCACCUCGUCUGCUCAUUCCUUCUCUCACAACCUCAGUUCUGGGAGCAAUUUUUGUUUUUCUGUUACUGCUCUUGCUGCUGAUGUUGUUUCUGAGAAGGAGGAAGGCGUCGGAGAAGGGUGUCCCUUUUCUUGAAGACGUACACAGGGAGAACAUCUUCUACUACAAUGAGGAGGGAGGAGGCGAAGAGGACAGGGAGUAUGACCUGAGCCAGCUCCACAGAGGGCUUGAUAACCGUCCUGAAGUCUUCUGCACUGAUGUGUUUCCUACUGCCAAGAGCCGCCCAAGCUAUCGCCGACAACUCCAAGCCAAUGAAGAAAUUGGGAAAUUCCUUGAGGACAACCUGCACGCUGCAGACAGUGACCCCCUAGCUCCUCCUUAUGACUGUCUUCUGAUGUUUGACUAUGAGGGCGUCGGCUCAGAUGCGCUUUCUCUCAGUUCCAUCAACUCCUCAGACUCAGAUGAGGACCAGGACUUUCAGGAUCACUGUUUCAGCAAGUUGGCUGACCUGUACGCAGGAAGUAUAGAGGACGAUGAUGACACAGAAACAAUGCCUGGAAAAACAGAAUGGGUCUGACAUGCCUCUAUUUAUAGGUCCUCCAAAUGUGUGUCCAUCUGCCCAGUGUCCUCAGUGCUGGGUGUCCUCUUUCUGCUGCCAUCUGUGGCUUUUCUUAGACUGGUUUGUGGUCUGAGAUGGGAGAUGCUUGUGCUCUCUUCGUGUGUCAUUCUUAACUUUCCACAUAUGAUUGUCUACAUGAUGUAAUAUUUUUGUUACACUUCUUAUAUGCCAAAAUAUGAUAUAUAAAUAAAUAAAAGUAAACAUAA